AUGAAACACACUUCAGGUCUGUUUUUGCUCCUUCUGUCGACGUGCUCGGCUUACACCUAUCAAAAUGUGGCCUUACGUGGUAAAGCAACUCAGUCAGACCAUUUUGGGAACAUGGCUGGAAUUGCGUAUAAUGCUAUUGACGGAAAUCGAAACUCUGACUUCGGGGCCGGAUCAUGCACCCACACGUUUAAACGGACCGAGCCCUGGUGGAGAGUGGAUCUGCUGGAGUCCUACAUCAUCACGUCCAUCAUUAUCACCAACAGAGGAGACUGCUGUGCAGACAGACUCGACGGGGCAGAGAUUCACAUCGGCAACUCUUUGGAAGGCAACGGAGUCGCAAACCCAGUGGCUGGCGUAAUUUCUCAUAUCCCGUUGGGCAGAUCUCUAAAAAUGACUUUUACCAGCCUUAUGGAGGGACGAUAUGUGACCGUGGUUCUUCCAGGUCCAAACAGGACUCUUACACUCUGUGAAGUGGAAGUCUAUGGGUACCGUGCUCCUACUGGAGAGAAUCUGGCGUUAUAUGGAAAAGCUACACAGUCAUCGGUGUAUCCACAUGGCAUAGCGUAUAACGCCAUAGAUGGGAAUCGGGCCACCUUCUGGAGCCAGGGCUCAUGUACUUACACAAACCAGGACUUCAACCCUUGGUGGCGACUGGACCUGGGCAAAACCCACAAAAUAUUUUCUGUUAGCAUAACCAACUACAGAGAUUCUAACUUACAGCUUGUUGGAGCUGAGAUCCGAAUUGGAGAUUCUUCUGAAAACAACGGAAACAGCAAUCCCAGGUGUGCCGUCAUCUCAAGAAUCCCUCCAGCUUUCACCGAAAACUUCGCGUGUAACGGGAUGAACGGUCGCUACGUAAACAUCAUCAUUCCUGGAAGAGCCGAGUAUCUGAGCCUGUGUGAGGUGGAGGUGUACGGCUCUAGACUGGAUUAG